AUGGCCGACCUCGACGUCGCGAGCCACUACAGCCUCCCCUCAGAGUUCCCGGAGGAAUGGCCAGCAGCUCUGGACGAAGCUGAUCAGCUUGACGAAGAGCCUUUGCAGAGAGCAGACUCUCGUCCGCGUAAAUCACGAUACUUUGCUCUUGAGCGCAGCCCAAGUGAUUGGAGGAAUAACUUUGGCUCACGCCGGGGGAAGGAGGGCAGAGACAAUGCGCAGAACGAUGAGCCCGAUCCAUUGGGAACCGGCGAGAGCGUUCUUCGCAUUCUCAAGCAGCGCGGAAUACCAUUAGAUGACGACGGACGCCAAAAAGCCCGGUUCCUGCUAUCCUCGACCUCGUUCUCCCCCGCACUCUUCCUGUCGCAAGCGCAUUCCCAGGCAUCCAUAGAGUCGCUCAUGGGUGGUUUGGACAACCUCUCACAAUCGAUCGAUCAGAAGUCCGCGUCAUUGAAAGUGUUGGUGGAGGCUAACUUCGAACGCUUCGUCCGGGCCAAGGCAACUAUCGAUGCCGUCUACACUGAGAUGAGGAACCAGGGCGUGGAGAAGGAGCCAGCUUUAGCUCCCCGCCGGUCAGGCCACUUCCGGAGCUAUUCGGGUCAAAACCACAGUCCAUCACCGGCCCCAGCGGUAACUCCGAAGAAGACCGCGCUCACGAAAGAGAGCGAGUACGGCAUGAAAGGUAUCCGAGGCCCUUUGGUGGAAGCUUCUGUUAAGGCUGAGGAGGUUUGGGGGCCAGCUCUUGGGGGUCGGGAGCGAGAACAGGUUUUGAAAUGCGUGGUUGAGACGAUGGAGAAACACCGUGAAGCCUACGAGAUUGGAAGCCUUUUGUCCAAAUCGAUCCAACAACGUGAUUAUGAUUCCGUUUUCGAGCAAUAUACUAGAGCUAGGACGCUGGCCAAUGGAGCUAAAAACAUCGCAGACCAAGCUUCCAGUGCCCAUCGACAACUGAACGAUUCUGAAACGCAUACUAUCCUCACCAUGGGUCGCAUGUGGAUGGAUGUUGACCAACAAAUCCAGGACUUCAAGCGCGAUCUCUGGAGGCGGCUUGGUGAUGCACCCACUACAUCAACCACGAGCACUGCCUCUGGGCCCGUGGAAGAGCAUAUGGAGCUGAUCGGGGCACUAUUGGAACUGGGUGUCGAGGACAACCCUAUUUGGACAUGGCUACAAAGUCGUUAUGAAUUUUUGAAGACCAAGAUCACAGUAUUCUGUGAUCGAUGCAAGGUGGAAAUUGAGAUAUUAAGAAGACGGCUUGCUGCUGGAGAGAGGCCAACUCCGCAGGCUACGGCAUCCUACCUUCGCCUGGCACCUCGCGAUGGCCCAGCGGAAUACCCAGGGAGGCUAGACACUGAUCAGGUUAUCGAGCUUUGGGAGUGUGUACAAGCGUUUUUAACACGACUUCUUUCGUCACAGAGUGGCUUACUAGGGGAGGUGUUGGAUUUCUGGGAAGUUGCCCAGUCUUUCAUCGACGGUAACCGACAACGACUUCUACCUGUCGGCUUUGAAGGAGAGAGCCGCAAACAUCAUCGACUUUCAAGUAGUAGCGUCAAGGAAUUGGAGACAGGCGUCGUGGAACUGGUCAAUCUGAUUCGACAGAAUGUCCUGGCCCUCUUCACAGAACUUCCAACUGAAGACGUCUCCUUGCUCUUCUCCCCAGUCCCGGCAAGUCCAUCGAGUCCGGAGACGCGAGGCAUUACACCAACGGAAUCACGCUUCAAGCUGGAUCCGAAAAAUCUACCAAUGCCUGUCCCGAAACUGGGAGAAUCCUGGGAAGAGUAUGCCUUCUGGCCACCAUUUUCCAAUUCACUCAGUGGAGUACAUUACUUGAGCAAAUUCCUCAUAAUUUUGGGCAGUGCUGCUAGCGAAAUGGCCGCUUUACGGCCGAUUGCCAGUGCUGGGAAAUCGCAUGAUCUUCUCAGGUCUCUUGUCAGUCUUUCUAGAGAGCGAUGUGCCCGGGUUGCAUGUGCUGCGUGGAGCAAAGAUUCAGAGGUUUGCAAGAUGCUUGAAGAUUGGACUCGUGAUAUUGAGAACCGCGAUCUCACCAAGAUGCCCGGAUUCUUUGUUGCUUUUGAGGGUGCCAUCCUUGGAGGCAUGCAGAAAAUCCUCUACAUCUCAGAGGCAAGGGCAAAACCAGGUUCUGUAGAUGUGAUCACCCAGCCGCCUGCAAAAUUACUGCAAAUGGUUCGCUCUCAAUUCGCUUCCAGCGUCUACAAAGCACUUAGCGGGCUGGUCGAAAACGCUGAGCGUCCAACUAGUGUUGAGGAAGAGAAUGAAUGGGUCAUUGCCAGGCCAGCAAUCACGAGUCAAGCCACCGAUGCUGCUGUGUCAGUUCUCUCGGCAGACUCUGUCGAUUGGUGCAACAGGAACGUCCGCAUCCUCCUUACUCUCUCAAAUCUCAAGGCCCUACAGGCUGAAUACGUUCCACAGCUGAUCUCCAACUUCGAGAGUGCAUUCUCUGUUAAACUAACCGAAGAGGCCAAGACUGUCCGAGAUGUGCUCGCCCAAAUCGAAGACCGGUUGUUCCACUCAUAUGUCAACCCAAGUACCACCAUACUAAACGACACUAUCGCCGCCGGAAUUGGCUCCUCUGACUGGGUGCCUUCGACUGAUCGACCGGAGCAAGUUCGACCCUAUGUCUACAACACUAUGCUGACCAUGGUGCUUGUUCACACGGAGAUUUCCACCACUAUUCCAUCAACCGUAUCGCCAAACCCCGACCCCCAUGUUUCCAAGGCAUCUUCUAAACUCUUGGCCACUGUGUUGACAUACCUUGUAACGCAAAUCUGUUCAACUUUGCUCGCGGCGUUCCGUGCUCGUCCCUCCUUUUCGCUAGCCGCUCUAAUGCAAGCAACCUUGGACACGGAGUUUAUCGCGCAGUCACUAUCUCAGUACGCAACUGACGAAGCAUCAGGCAUGCAAAGCCAAAUUUACGUCGAGCUAGAUGCCCGCACAACAAACGAAGCCCGAGUGAAACUCCAGGCCGAACUCGGAGAAAUGAGAGGUACCCUGAAAAGACUGCGAGACAGGACGAAGGGCGAGUUUGCCUGUUUCAGAAAACGCAGCUCAAAUGGUUCCAAGUCCUCAAAUAGUCUACAAACAUAG